AUGUGUGUAUUGCCAGUAUGUGGGGUUCUGCCGGGCGGAGGCUGUCUCAAUCUUUCAGCGUCCUUGCCUCCUUCCAAGGUAAAGCAGAGGCACCUCCGCCCACGGGGGGGCAGUGGAGGACUGGCCCCCAUGAGUGUUCAGGGCCCUGGAUCGGCCCGAAUGAGAGGCAAGCCACGCCACCUCGGGGCUCUGACUGCAGCUGCUGGGAGUGUGUCCCCGCUCCUGGCGGCACCAGAGCGCAGUGGAGGCCGGGCCUGUGCCCUCCAGGCCGGCAGUGAGCCUUACCAGGGCUCCACACAGUGCCUUCCUACCAUGCAGGGUCCCAGAGCCAGGAUCCCAAACAGUGAGCCCCUGAAAUCAUUAUAA